CCCUCUCUCUCUCUCUCACACACACACACACACACACAAAGCUCUGCAAAAAUCAAACGUAGUUCAUUUACUGAUUCAUCUGCUUCGUACCGACCACGAUUUGGAGAAUACUACUGCUGCUGCUGCUCUUUAAUCUUCUACAUGCCAAGCUAACUCCGUCUCUAGUUACCCACUCAGUAUCGAUUAGAAUUCGGUCGCCUCCCCCACAAAGUUUUAAGUUCAGAACAUGUCCAUCGAAAAUUAUCAUGUGAUAGAGCUCGUGGGCGAAGGCUCCUUUGGGAAGGUUUACAAGGGGAGGCGCAAAUUUACUGGCCAGACUGUUGCAAUGAAAUUUAUACCCAAGCACGGUAAAAGUGACAAGGACAUCCACAAUUUGAGACAAGAGAUCGAGAUACUGAGAAAGUUGAAGCACGAGAAUAUCAUUGAAAUGUUAGAUUCUUUUGAGAGCCCGCAAGAGUUUUGUGUUGUCACCGAAUUUGCUCAGGGUGAACUGUUUGAAAUUCUUGAAGAUGACAAGUGUCUUCCCGAAGAACAAGUCCAAGCCAUUGCAAAACAGUUGGUGAGAGCAUUGCAUUAUUUACAUUCAAAUCGUAUCAUCCAUCGUGAUAUGAAGCCGCAAAAUAUCCUCAUUGGUGCUGGAUCUAUUGUCAAGCUUUGCGACUUUGGUUUUGCACGUGCAAUGUCCACCAACACAGUUGUGCUGCGUUCAAUAAAAGGUACUCCACUCUACAUGGCUCCAGAGUUGGUGCGUGAACAGCCCUACAACCACACUGCUGAUUUGUGGUCUCUUGGAGUGAUUUUGUAUGAAUUGUUUGUAGGACAGCCUCCAUUUUAUACCAACUCAGUUUAUGCUCUCAUCCGUCACAUUAUUAAGGAUCCAGUCAAAUAUCCAGACAACAUGAGCUCAAAUUUUAAAAGCUUCUUGAAGGGGUUGCUCAAUAAGGUCCCGCAGAGUAGAUUGACGUGGCCUGCUCUUCUUGAACAUCCAUUUGUCAAAGAAAGUACUAUGGAUGUGGAUGAAAAGCAGAUUCAUGAUCUGAGUAGUCCAGCAAGGGGACAUAAUGUAGCUCCAAAGACCAAAGUGUCAACUGUUGCAAGUCCCGAGAGCAAAUCUCAUUCUGUGGUCAAUGGAGAAGGCGAUGACCUUGACCCACAUCCUGAUGCUUUUUCAAAAAACCACACCUCAGCCGGUGGUGAUUUGAUAAAAGAGGAGUUCCCAGGUUUCCCAGGUUCUGUUGAUGUUGUACAGUCAGGUUGUGAGGUGUUGGACCGACUUGAGAACCACUCUCGUACAGUUAAGGGUGCCCAAAAAAUUGGUCAAGACCGUGAAGCAUUAUCGGUGAUCUUGGUACCACUGAAUAAUUGGUGCAGUGGAUCCCAGAAUUCCUCCAGGGUUCAAGAUGUUACAUUGAAUCAGUCACUCAGAAUUCUCUCAAAUAUAGCAGCGGCUGGUGCAUUUACUUUGAGUGGCAUUGUUGAUGAAGUAAUUGUUCAGCUUCUUGGAUUCAAUUCUGAUAUACUUAAGCUAAAACCAAAUGAUGGUAAUGACUUAAUGGCCAAGAGCUUCUCAAUCGUUAAAAAAUUGUUAGAUUCCUCUGAAAGCUGUAAUGGAGGUUCAUAUUUCAAGCACUGGAAGACACUACUUGAACUAUAUUCACAGGUUGUUAGUUGUUUUGAUGGGGUGUCCGGAAGAGCUCUGUAUGAGUCAACAGCUUGCAUUACUGUCAUACUGUCAAUAGCAGCACAGGCUCUCAAAACAUUUGCAGCAACUUCAGCUCCUAGGGAGAUAUCUGCCUCCACCGUGGUAGAUGAAAGGCUUGAUCAAGUUCUGGAGCAUGCCAAAACAUCGGGUCUGGCAGAAAUUUUAUGCCUGUGCUUGGCAAAAUCAGGCUCAAGUCUCAUGUCAGGUUCCUCAAAUUUGUUGCGAGCUGGUUGUGAAGCUUGUAGGGCUAUUUGGUUACUAGUAAAUGCAUUUGAAUUUCUUUCCUGCAAAGAUAAUGCUCGCCCAUUUCCUCUAUACUCAUUGCGAAGCCAUUCUCUAUUUCAACUUGACAUUUUGGGCUGUGGCCAAGGUUCUUUGUCAGAAACUGAUUUAGCAGCAAUUGUUGAUGGAGUGACAAAAGCAUUUAUAAGAUCCAAAGCAAUACAGAUUGCUAUGUACUAUUGUCUUCAUCAACGUGUUGAGCCUACUUUGAGUGCUGCUGUUCAGCUCAUCCUGAGGUUUUGCUUGACUAGUGGUACUGUUGCCAGUAUUCUCUGUGGCCUGCCUACUUCUCUUCCUGUUACCACAGUUGUAAAUGGGGGAGGAGAUGGUACUAUUGUUUCACAAAUCUUCUCCAUACUAUCUUUUUGUUCUUCCUCAACCAAAGAAACACAUGGAGGAGAAGCAGUUGAAUUGAAAUCAAAAGCAACUGAUCCAUACAACCUGGUUCAGCAUUGCUGCCUUGUCAUUAGUACAGUUGCACAAAUCUUGAAGUUAUCUGGACGAAAUUGUGCGCUCUUAAUGCUUACAUCCUCUUCAAAAAAGCAGUUUUCUCGGCUCUCUCUCCUUGCACAACAUUUUUCUUCCGACGAAAGGAUGCAGUCAACAUUUCCACCUUCUCGUUCUUCCGCAAUGCUAGCAUUUGCUUCAAUUCUAAGUCUCGAAAAUGGAGUUUCUGUUGAAUCCACUGUUGCUGAGAUAGCUGUGCCUUUAGUCCCACGGACUGCUACACUAUGUGAUUAUCUCAAGGUUUUGCCAUGUGAAGAUAGUGCAGUAAGAUACAACGUAGUUAGUGGCAUGCUCUCCUAUUGGCAUGGCCUCAGGGAUGGAUGUGUUGGUCUAUUAGAGUCCAGAUUGAAAUGGGGAGGACCAUUAGCUGUUCAACAACUGUGUGCUUGUGGUAUUCCCCAGCUUCUAAUGGAUGUGUUGUCAAACAAUUUUGCACAUAGUUCUUCUCAAAUAUCAAGCUGUACAGAAGAUCAUAUUGGUCUUUCACCUGUCGGAGUUGUCUGGACACUUUCCUUAGUAUGUCAAUGCCUUUCUGGUGGAGUAUCAAUUUUUCGCCAGAUUUUGCUAAGGAAAGAACACAUCAAGUUGACCUCCGAUUUAAUAUCUGAUGCACAUCUCAAGCUUGUCAGGUGUUGGAAUGGGCCUGGUGGCAGGAAGGAUGGGGUGAGAGAUCUGAUAAAUGCAGUAGUUGAUCUCUUGGCUUUUCCUCUUGUCGCUAUACAGAGUGCUCCUGGUCCAGCUGCUACUGCUUCAGUUAACAGUGGAUUCCUUCUUAAUGUUGGUUCCCCUGGCGGAAGAGUAUGUGCAGAAGACAAGGAUAUGGCGAAAGCAAUAGAGGCAAAUAUGGGAAAGUAUAUUCAACUCCUCCUUGAGAUAGCAAUUCCAGGAACUAUAUUACGGUGUUUGGAGCAUAUUGAAUUGAAAGAUGUGGCAAGGCCUGUUGCAUUUCUUGCUAAAAUGAUAAGCCAUCGACCUCUUGCAGUCCAACUUCUUGAUUCGGGAUUGCUGGAUCCAAGUAGAAUGAGAAGGUUGCUUGGUAGUUUGUGUCCCCGAGAAGUUACUUUGGAUGUUCUCAUGAUUAUAUCAGAUCUAGCUCGGAUGGAUAAGGCUUUCUAUCAGCAUAUUGAUGGGGCUGACAUUUUGGAGUUCUUGAAGGACUGUCUUACACAUGAAGAUCCUAAUGUGCGUUCAAAGACAUGUAGUGCUAUAGGAAAUAUGUGUCGCCAUAGCUCUUACUUCUACAGUUUACUGGCAAAAUAUCAUAUUAUUAAUCUUUUAAUUGAUCGAUGUGCUGAUUCUGAUAGGAGAACACGAAAAUUUGCAUGCUUUGCUAUUGGGAAUGCAGCCUAUCACAAUGACUUGCUGUAUGAAGAGUUGAGGAAGUCCAUUCCACAGCUUUCAAAUCUGUUGCUUUCAUCUGAGGAAGAUAAAACGAAGGCAAAUGCUGCUGGUGCAUUGAGCAAUCUUGUGCGUAAUUCUGACAAGCUUUGUGAAGAUAUAGUUUCCAAAGGAGCAAUGCAGGCAUUACUGAAGCUGGUUGCUGACUGUGCCACGGUGGCUCUGAACCCCAGCAGGAGAGAUGCUAUAACAGAGUCGCCUUUAAAGAUAGCCCUCUUCUCAUUGGCCAAGAUGUGCGCGCAUCCUCCGUGCAGACAAUUUCUUUGCUCAUCUGAGCUAUUUCCUGCGAUCAAGCGGCUGCGGCAAUCACCAGAAUCAACAAUCUCCAAAUAUGCUUCUGUCAUUAUCAGCCAGGUUGCAGAAGUUUCGAGUUAGCAAUUCAGCUGCAAGGGCUGAUCUCUCCAGUUAGUUGAAGGAGGAGGAUACCAGUGCAAUCAAUGUAAAUAUUUGUAAUGAAUCUACACUGAAAUCUCAUAGAAUAAGCAGCUUUCUUUGUUUUAAUGCACUCUCAAUUUGACGGAAACCAAUGGCAAUCGCACAUAAUCAA